UGAGGAUGUACAAGUAUCAGAAAAGCGCAAACUAAGGUUUUAUAAACUUAAAAAGUGCAAUUAUUUACACACCUGGAAAGUGCAAUACCACACAUAAUGGAAACCAAGGAAGGAGACACAUAUUCUACGUACAAACAUAUAGAAUCUCCAACGCCAAACUCUGCAUAUGAUUUCGACUCAACACCAGAUCUGAGCCCGAUGGAUAAAAAACUUGCGGAACUUCAUCAUCAAAUUUUUAAACCAUUACCAGCUGUGAAUCCUCAUUUAGAAUUCAACAGUAAAAAUAAGUGUUAUUGUACAAUGACUACACCAAUCGCUAUACUAUGGACAUUAUUAUCUGUGAUGGUCGCGGGAACAUGUACAUUCAGUUUCAUGCAACCAUUUUGGGUAGUCCACCCUAAAACAUUCGACUCGCUUGGGAUGUAUACCUAUUGUGUACAAGAUAAGGAGUUUAUAAACGAGUCAGGGAUCACACAAACAUGUGGGAUUUAUGGCGGUGAUUAUUUCUCAUUUAGUAAGAUUCCAUCCAGCUCUUGGCAAGCGUCAAGUGUUCUUUACGGAGGGGGCUGCUUGUUCUUAUGCAUGGGGGCCUUGUUCGCAACAAUAAGCCUGUGCUUACCAAAUACUUGGAACAAAAAGCUAGCAAUAUUUAGUGGAUAUGUACAGUGUGUAGCAGUGCUAAUCAUGAUAGCAGGCCUUGUGGUUCAUCCAGUUGGUUUAGGAUCUCAAUUUGUGCAACAGCAUUGUCCUGGAUCAGGAAUGUACAAUGGCGGCCACUGUCAGCUCGGCUGGGCGUAUAUGCUAGGAAUAAUGGGCACAUCUUUAUCAAUGUUUUGCCCGUUUCUCUCUCAGUACAUUGACAUGAAAGUACACGAUUAUCACCAGUCAUUUGUGUGAAGGUCAUGUAUGUGUACAUUCAAGGUUGUGUAUGCUUACAUACAUGUACUUCCAUAAAGGCAAACGUAAUUCCAAUCAUAACGGGGAUAUCUGUGGCUCUACAUCGACUAGACUCUCAAAAACAUUUGCGACUUCCACCAUGAUGAGGACCGUUGAAUGUGUAUGAGCAUGAAGAGGAAAAGCAAUUCCAAUAUGCAUGUGAAUCUCAUUGAUCACACUCUCAGAACUUUGGAAAACAUUGUGAUCACCAUCAGCAUUUGGACAUUGUUCAUUGUGAAUGUAUCACAAUAAACAUGAAUGGAAAUUCCAAUACAAGUGUUCACAUAUACAAUAUGAGAUAAUUCCACAUUGAUGA